ACAUGACGUGAAAAUAAAUUCAUUAAAAUAAUUGAGGUUAUGUUAUAAAAUAAAUAAAGUGUAAUUGUCGUACCCAUUUCAUAAUGAAUUGCAAUAACUAAAUAAUGGAAGUUAAUGUGAAAGGAAUAACUAAUUUCAGCUUACCUGUGUGUUGUUUCACAAAAAAAUGGUUUUAUCUUUGGAUUCAUUAUCCACCGAACUUUUAUUAAAAAUAUUCAAAUCCUUAGAUAUUUAUGAUUUGUGUAGACUUAAACAGACGUGUAGACGAUUUAACGAAGUAAUAGAACAGUGGGGCAGUUUGCUAAAUAAAAAUGUUGUGCCCCUUAUUACAAAUCAAGUCCAUCCGGCCAUCAUCAAUCGAUCAGGCCGCAUUUUAUCAUCAUUUGAACGACUCAGAGUAUCCAGAAACUGGAAGUUGGGCUUGUACAAAGAACGUAUGCUGCUUUAUAGUAAGAUAAAGUAUAUUCCUUGGUUACAACUAGAAAAAAAUCUGUUAUGGAUUAGUAGAGGACGUUGUAUUCAAGCCUACAAACGUAGUAGUAAAGGUAUUAAUACAAGAAAUGUAGUGUACACCAUCAAAGGAAGCAAAAAUGCUGAUGUGUGCCGCUUUGUCAAAAAAAGUAAUUACAUAUUGAGUGGUCAGAUGGAUGGUAGUUUAUGGCUAUGGUCCACGGACGAUCACAAUUUUGUCUUCGAUUUAAAAAGUUACCACGACGCAGAUAUUAAUUCAGUAGAUAUCUGUGAUAACAUUAUAGUGUCCGGUUCAAGAGAUAACUAUGUAAAAAUUCGCCAUAAACCGGACGACAAUGAAGCCUUUUUUCAUCAGAUUGAUUUACAAGGCAGGGUUUGGUCAGUAGCACUGUCGGAAGAAAAUAAAUCGUUACUAGCAAUUGGAACCGACGGAAUUGACCACAUGUCUACAGUUCACAUCUUUGAUAUGAAUAAGCAGAGUUUUUUUGCGCAUUAUUAUCCUGACAUAUUUGGAGAUAUACUGGGCGCUGGUGUCCUGGAUCUGAAGUGGGAAAGCGCAUCAGUUUUGUGGUCAUGCGGUUAUGAUAGUUAUUUGAGAAGAUGGGAUUUGAGAACAGGCAAAUGUGAACAGGCUCUAGGUGACCCAAAUUUUGCGACUGUUUACUGCUUCCAGUAUGACCACGUCAAUUCUAUUAUUAGUGGCACUAACAGUCACGGAAGAGUAGUUUUAUGGGAUACGCGACAAGAUAAUUAUGUUCAGAUGUAUUUUAUGGAGAGUUGCAGAAGACCUGGGAAGAGUUCGCCGAUUUACAGUCUGUCGUACGAUGCAGACUUUUUGUUCACCGUUACCGACCAGCACGUCAACGUCUUAGAUUUUUCAGUUUUUAAUGGGACCCCUAAAGAUUAUAGUAAUUUAUUUGGUAAACUAAUAAAAGUCUGAUGUAAGUAAAAUAAUAUAUUUUACAUAAGUAAA